ACUCCUCCUCUCUCGCGUGUCUCCUCUCCCAGUUUAUUCGUACUUUCCUGAAUGUUGCGGUUUACUUGAAAUCUUACCAGCAGACCUGAUUUUUUAAGGAAGAAAGAGCUCUGCGGAUUGCAUCAAACCAUAUAUUUUUGCGUUCAUACGCAGCAAUCCUGUGAGUAACUACAUCCACGCUGUCACUAUCCCUUCUAUCAACACGGAUGUCCAACUUCAAGGAGAGGAUAUGUAUCAGGGCAUAAUGACAACCAACCACGGACCCCCUUCCUAUGAGGCCGGAUUUCUCCACAACGCCUCGGCGGGCACCUCUCCGGUUUAUGUGCCCACCACCCGGGUCGUCACCCCCAUGAUCCCGGCUCUGCCUUACCUCCAGACGCCCGGCGCGUCGCAGCAGGGCAGCCCCGUAUCUAGCCACUCUGCCUGGGCGCAGACGGGCGCCGACUCAGUGCCCUCGUACAACCACUCCCCGGUGUCCCCGCGCUUCGCCUUCUCCACCAGCCCGCCUCUGUCCUCCGGGGUGGCCACGGCCCGGGAGACUGCAGCUUCUUACAGCAGCCCGCUAAACAUCUCUGCCAACGGGAGGGAGCACUACGGCGCCCGGAGCCUCAGCGGGUCGUAUCACAGCCACUACCCGGCCUACAUGAGCCCGAACGUGAGUGGAACGUGGCCGUCGUCUCCCUUUGAUAGCCCGGUCCUCCACGGUCUCCAAACCGGCGCUACUCCUUGCACAACACGGCACCCAAACAUAGACCUGUUCGAUGACUUUGCUGAGGGGCGAGAAUGUGUGAACUGUGGGGCGAUGUCAACCCCCCUCUGGAGGCGGGAUGGCACGGGCCACUACCUGUGUAACGCCUGCGGACUGUACCACAAGAUGAACGGCAUCAACAGACCUCUUAUCAAACCUCAAAGGCGGCUGUCUGCCUCGAGGAGGGUGGGCCUGUCCUGCACUAACUGUCACACCACCACCACCACCCUGUGGCGACGAAACGCAGAGGGAGAGCCGGUCUGCAACGCCUGUGGCCUCUACAUGAAACUCCAUGGGGUACCACGACCCCUGGCUAUGAAGAAGGAGGGGAUCCAGACCCGCAAACGCAAACCCAAGAACCUCAACAAGCCCCAAACUGGGAGCCCAGGUGGUGAGGGGACUCCAGUCACGCCAAGCAGCACUCCCCGUGCCUCCGCCGCCACAGAGGAGCCUCGCCAGAUAAAGACAGAGCCGGACACUCACAGCUUGUACUCUCAUCAUAGCGUACACACACAGAUUUCAGCCCUGCCAGCUUACAUGGCAGCUCAAGGUGGAGCCAUUCCUCUCAAGAUGUCCCCUGGGGGCCAUAGCGGGUCUUCUGGCUCAAAAGCUGAGCCCUGGAACAACCUUAUCCUGACCUAGAACCCCAUGACCCACCAUCUCAAACCAACUUAUCUACACCGGUUAUACUGUCCUGAGAGACAAGCGUCUCCGGAUAGCAGACUGCCGCUCUGGAUGCAGAUGUUCCCACAGCCUACACACCGCACAGUGUCUUCAGUACGACGCUCUGGGACCAAUAUGUGGGCACCACGAAGGAAAUGGAGAUCUUAGACAGAUACUGUGUGUUCAAUCACAGCAACCGAGGAGUGAACGGAUUUUGACAAUCAUUAAAGAGCAGCACUGUGAUUAAAUACAACAACUCUUGAUGUGAAACAAUUGAAAAAAGAGAACUUUUUUGUGUCACCGUUUCUACCACGCCAGUACGCAUGUGUAAAAAUGUAACAUAAACCAGUAACAAAUAACAAUUAAGGCCAGACUUUUUCUCCUUGAAUUGUUUUAAUUUUAAUAUAUUUCAUUUUCACAUUAUUAUGGAAGUUUUGGCAUUCAAUGGACUCACAAAACACAUAAAAAGUCACAACAGCACAACUUAAUGCCAAAAGUAGCGCCAUACAGGAGCUACAGCAAGUGUACUUAAAAUAUCAGUUCACAUUAACCACAAUAUGAAACCACAAUAUAUAUUUAGGUAUUUUUAUCUCUCACAAGUGGUUUUAACUUUAUACCACAUUGGAAUGGAGGUGAAUGAGAUGUUUGUUUGUGGUGCUAAAAGCAUUGAAAAUUAUAUUUAAAAAACACAGAACAAACAAUGUGCUGGCUACUACAUAUUCCGCAGACCUUCAAAGGUGGUGAGGUCUGUGUAGAGAAUCUGGUCAAGCACUUUGCUAUUGAGUUUUUCAAAGGAUGUCCAUUAGUAGAGCACCACUCACUAGCAUGUAGUCAUCUUAGUUGUAGGGCGGCUCAGUUUGAAAAUAAAACUCUUUGUACAUCAAAAUACCAGCAAAGGUGAAUGGAAAAACACGUGUGUGAUUUGUCAUCUGUGUGGACUGACCCUUUAAACAUUUCCCAAAAUUAGCAGUGACAGAUUACAGUCAAGUAUUAUUUGUGAUAUACUCAUGAGUGUUAUGUACAUGUGUGUGCAUCUAAUUCUGCAAGCUAAACCAGGAGCAUUUCUUACUGCAGCUAAAAGAGAACUGCUCAAGACAUUCAUCACUCCUCAACACCAGUGAUAUGAACUUCAGUAAACACAGUCUCCUACUCAGUGCAAUAGGAACAGCUCCCUGUUGUUUCUGGAUCAGUUGCCUGAACCGUGUGUUUGAUUUAAACUAUGACCAAUACUUGUCAGUAUUGACACCUCUAUCAACAAAUACAUGAUAAACUACCUAUGUGGCAAGUAAGUUGCACUUGAUGAAUGUGGGGUGGAAGUGAUGGCCCACAGCUCCCUCUGCUGACACAAGUGCAGAUGUGCCUCCACAAGAAAACUUGCACAUUCUUUAAUGCUUUCCAAAAUCCUGCCAGUAUUUAUUGUUUUAGGCUCAACCCCAAGCCACACAAUUAUCAUUCAUUAGCUGAAGGUUUGAUAAACCUUAUGAAGAUGUAUUGUAUCAAGAUUGUACAGUUUGUUUAUUUGAUUGUGGCAAGCAUGGAGGCAACAUGUGUAAAUGUGGUUUAUUGCUACAUUGAAUUUUCCAGAAUAACAAAUAUAUGACCAUAUAUGCAAAACAAAAAACAAAUCCACUCCAGUAUAAUUGUAAUACACUAUUUGUGAUAUAUUGUAAGUAAAGACACAGUGGGAGAUGGACAUGUAUGUGGACUUUCUCGGUGUGUACUAACACUACCUGAUGUCCUCCCUCAGUAUGCAACUGUAGCCUUACUGAGGAAACUAAUAAAGACAAAGCAUUCUGACAUAAUGCAGUUGGUA